UGGGCUUAUUGGACGCUGGCUGCUAGUUUAUCAGAAACAAGAGGUCUUACCGUUUGUGUUACAGUGCGAAAAACGACGACAUCCCAGCCACAGGAGCUACCGAGAGGACGGUAGCAUGAUAGUCGUGGAGGGGAAUCGGCAGGAAGAGGGCCCGUAUCUGCAUUUCACUUCGCCUACACCGAAUUCAUUGAGUCGGUAACCAGCGUCCGACAUGGGGAAGGAGGUAAAUGGCGUUUCACGGAGCCGGUUUGAGAUGUUCACAAACAGUGAUGAGGCGGUCAUCAAUAAGAAGCUGCCUAAGGAGCUGUUGCUACGAAUCUUCUCCUUUCUGGAUGUGGUGACACUCUGUCGCUGUGCCCAGGUCUCACGGUCCUGGAAUGUUCUGGCCUUGGAUGGCAGCAACUGGCAACGAAUCGACCUCUUUGACUUCCAGAGGGACAUCGAGGGCCGGGUGGUGGAGAACAUCUCAAAGCGAUGUGGGGGGUUCCUGAGGAAGCUGAGUCUGCGGGGCUGUCUGGGUGUGGGUGACAGCGCCCUGAGGACCUUCUCGCAGAACUGCAGAAACAUCGAGCUGCUUAGCCUGAACGGCUGCACCAAGAUCACUGACAGCACGUGUAACAGCCUCAGUAAGUUCUGUCCAAAGCUGAAGCACCUGGACCUCGCCUCCUGUACCUCAAUCACGAACCUGUCGCUCAAGGCUCUCAGUGAGGGUUGUCCCCUGCUGGAGCAGCUCAACAUCUCCUGGUGUGAUCAGGUCACAAAGGAUGGCAUCCAGGCUCUGGUGCGUUCCUGCCCUGGACUGAAAGGCCUUUUCCUCAAGGGAUGCACACAGCUGGAGGACGAGGCUCUGAAGCAUAUCGGGGCUCACUGUCCGGAGCUGGUCACACUCAACUUGCAGACAUGCUCACAGAUCACGGACGAGGGACUCAUCACGAUUUGCAGAGGUUGUCACCGCCUGCAGUCUCUGUGUGUGUCGGGCUGUGCCAAUAUCACAGACGCCAUCCUGCACGCCCUGGGACAGAACUGCCCUCGCCUCAGAAUAUUAGAAGUGGCUCGCUGCUCUCAGCUUACAGACGUGGGCUUCACUACAUUAGCAAGGAAUUGUCACGAGCUUGAGAAGAUGGAUUUAGAAGAAUGUGUGCAGAUCACAGAUGGAACACUCAUCCAGCUGUCUAUCCACUGCCCCCGUUUGCAAGUCCUGAGCCUGUCUCACUGCGAGCUGAUCACGGACGAUGGCAUCAGACACCUCGGUAGCGGCCCCUGCGCUCACGACCGUCUGGAGGUGAUCGAGCUGGACAACUGCCCCCUGAUCACAGACGCCUCACUGGAGCACCUGAAGAGCUGCCAUAGUCUGGAUCGCAUUGAGCUCUAUGACUGCCAGCAGAUCACCCGCGCCGGCAUCAAGAGACUAAGGACCCACCUGCCUAACAUCAAAGUGCAUGCGUACUUCGCUCCCGUCACUCCACCCCCCUCCGUCGGGGGCAGCCGUCAGAGGUUUUGCCGCUGCUGCGUCCUGCUAUGAUGUAAAGACAACAACCCCCCUUUUCCUGCCCUCGUGUCCCUCGUACACGCUCCCCGCAGCCCGUCGCUUGACCCCCGACCUGCUGUCCCCCUCCCGGCCCCCUGUCACAGAGUACAUGCUGUGGUGUGUGUGUCCCCCCCCGUCUCCCCUUUGGAGCUGCAGAGAGAGGGAGAGAGCCAAAUAACACUACAGGGUCUCGGGGUAACUUUCCCAAAAAACAUUCCCGAAUCCUUCCAGCACACGCAGACAGAACAUGCACCACACUUUCAGCUGACGUGCACACUCGUACAUACACAGAUCAACUCUGAGAAGAAUGUCACAACAUUCCUGGUCUGUGUUCAGUGGACAAACCAGUAUUACAAAGAGGGUUAUACAAAACUCAGAUGUGAUCACCGCUGUUAAGGGGUUUGGCUUCUCACCAAGAACCUUUAAUUACAUAUUGAAAAAUAUCUUUCUGUAGUGGAGGGGAGCUUAUUUAGAACUUUGAGACAGAUCAGAUUACAAUUAUUGCCUCUAAACAGAACGAUUGAAAACGUUGAAAAAUCCUGAUUAACCUCUCACGCAUGCUUCCCUCCAUAUUGAAGGUCUCUUAACAGCUACCUCUAGACCGGAACUGCACCUGAGUAAGACCUGUGUUAGCUUUGUUCUGCAGGCUGUUGAUUUUAAAACUGCCAACACCCCCAACACACACACAGAAAGCAGCAGAAAGCCUAUUUUGUGAUUUUUUUUUUUUUUUUUUUUUUUUUUUUUUAAGCAUACUUGCAGCUGUUUGCACUUAUAGUAAAUGAUGAGACACUUUACAAAGAUGGCCAUCUCAGAAUUUAAGAUUGGCAUUUUACUAACAACACAAACACAAAUCUUCACUCACACGCACACACUGAGCUUGCUACACCUGUACCCUCACCUCUCUCUGUCUCUCUGUUACAAUCAGAAGCUUCGAUGUACUGAGGAAAAAAAAAAAGACAAAGUAAAAUAUUUUUCUAAAAACGGACACCAAUUAAGACUCUCAAGUGGGGACUCGAGAAGAUGCCAAAUGUUGCAUGUAACACCUCUAGUUUUUUAAAAUCUAAUUGUAAAUAUGUGAGGAGUGCGGAGUCCGAGAGCCAGCUAACAGCGGGAGAGAUGGGAUUUCUGUCGACGGGUCUUUCUGAAGGAUCUAUGGCGAAGCUCACACAUGCUUUUACAGAUGUGCGUUACAGUACAUGCUGGACCUUUGGACGGGGACAACGAGCCGGUGCUUAAUCUGUAGUUUGACGGCAGAACUGAUGCUGGCCUGUGAAAGCUAAUGUCAACGACAGAGAAGUUCUUGAUGCUCAUUUGACAGAAGAAAAAAAAAAAAAGUCUGGCAUCACUACAUGGAUUCAUGCUGUCAGACCAGGACAAUGGAAAGAAAAAGCCAACUGAAAACAAUCAAAGUUCGUCUAUUUUUCAGUUAGUUUGAUUUCAUUUAAGUUGCUCUUGAUUUUCGCAUCGGUGACGGUUCUGGCGACGAGGAACUGGUGAACCACGCGCAACGCAACGGCGAGAGGACGUGCCUGACGUCGGAGCGGCAUCGGCGACUCCUCAACUCCCACGAGGCCUUGCAGGGGACGGAGUGACAGCGUGUUGCACCCUGCCACCUGUGACAUCCCCCGUCUGUCCGGGACCAGCGCCGCCGCCGCCGGAGGUAAAGCCCGGAGCAGACGUGUGGAGUCACUGCAAGAGGAAGUCGACUGAAUCUUGAGUGCACAAUUCUGGCCUGCUGACAGAUAUGAUGGACGUUUUUGUCACAGCGGAGGGCUAUAAUGGACUUCAGCCCCCCUGCCCUAUGAAGUAUUGAAGCCUUUUCUUAUGGAUUCUCUUCUCCUGCACUUGCACCUGCUUUAUUCUGCGUCUCUUUUUCUUCCCAUUUCAUUUUAUAACUGUGUCUUUUACCGCUUUUUCUUUCUGAUUUCCUCUGGAUCUCUACCUUUUUCUCUUCUUUUGCAUUUCUGUUUUGGUGUGGUUUGGAUUGCGCCUGCUUUGUGUUUUGAAGUCACGAGUUCAGUGUCUCCAAGUUGAGUUUGAGUCCUCUUCCAGUCCUCAGUUUUGAUCUGAUGGUGUUUGUGUUUUUAUUAAGAGUUUAUUGUUACUAAAUGUCCAGAGUGUAGCCUUUGUCCAGGGGAAGUGCUGGCGCCAGUGCAAUUGUAAUAAAUGUUGAAAUUUGAGUUGGGUUUUUUUAAAAAUGUGAGUUGAGGAGGAGUUCAUGAUGAUGAUGUGUGUAUGAUGUUGGUUCUACUUAUUGAAUGUUUCCAUCAAGGAGAAGUCCUCAGGAUGGCUGUUCAGGCAUCGUGUGCCGCUUUAGCUGAAUCAGAGUUUUCUCCCAUAAGCGUGCUUUCCUCUCCUUCACUUUUAUGCCUUGCUUUCCCAAACAGCCCCUCCCAUAAUGCACCCUGCCCAAAUACAUCAAACGAGACAGAAAUGGGUAAACCCCGUGUGGAAUGUUGAUCACUCGCAAAUGUCCCCGGUCUGGUUUAAGACGCACGCCAACAGGCAAAACGCUGAUUUGAUUCCAUUCAUUUUGUGAUUUGACAGCUACGGCAGGCAGGAUAAUUCAAGAUGAGAUGAAUCCAGUGUAAUCCAGUCUGAUCUGUUUUGUUUGACUGGGGGUUUACGGGGGAUUAGGGAGCAACUAAGAGUCAAAAUGGCGGCGAUAUUUAAUGUGGUCUGUCACUGUGCUCCGGAGUUAAGACAGUUAACCGGAGGAACAAGGAAAAGUCGUAGGAUUUAGACUGUGAGCCUGGUUGUAACACCUGCUUGCCCUCUUCCUGCGAUGCAUGUGGCUCGGGCUGAGUCAUCAGUGCAGCUAACAACCUGUGCUUUUGAGGCAAACACUUUGAAUGGAUUACAGGUAAUAGUACUCAUCCCGCUGAUGGUUUUAUACGUGCAAAAGAAAUAACCUGUCAUCAGUCUUUUCAUGGUACAGAAUACACUACAAGCUCGAGAAAGCGGAACACCAGAUAUAUUUUUCCCCACAGUAUCAAACACCUCUGUGUCCUUCUGUCAGACUUCCCACCAGUUUACACGGAAGUGGAGCAGCCGCGCUCCGGUUCAGGUUGUUUAGGCCGCGUCCGGUCCCAAACACUGGAGUGAGGACGGAGGGCAAGAGGUGAAUCUACAGUGUGCGUUCAUGCUAGAUUGGCACCUGAGAAAUUUCAACAAGAAUUUUGACAAUGACUGUAGUUCAUAAUUACUGUAAAUCUCUUCCUUUUUUCUU